CUAUAUCAGAUCGUAUAUAUACAUCCGAGUCUUCCUUCAGUUCAUCUUUGCUCAACAUACCCAAUAUGUACUUUGUAUCAUCAUUGCUCGUCGCCGCUCUGGCAGGUCUGGCGCAGGCGCAAAGUGUCACUCCCUCAGGCUUCACUCCCUCAGCAAGGAGCAAGCUAGACGUCUUCUUCAACUCUACUAUGGUCAUGACACCAGGCCAGGUUCUAUCAAAGGCUGAAACGGCAAGUCAACCGAAAAUCGCAGUAUCGAGUACAAUGGCAAACAUGAGCGCAACCUAUAUGUUCGUUAUGCUCGAUCUCGAUGUCCCACCAGAGGAAGGAAGCACAAAGCGCCGUGUCCUACUUCACGCGAUGAAUACAGGGUUCAAAGCCACACAACAGAAGAUCAGUGGGUCUGCUACCUUGCUUGCAUCGACCGAGAAAGGUCCAGCAGCAUACAUAUCACCAGGCCCGCCCCCAACAGACACCAUCCCGCAUCGCUACGUCCAGCUUCUGUUUCAGCAGCCUGCAGACUUGAGUGUUCAGGCAUCCGAUUUCAAAGACACUUCAGCUCGAAUCAACUUUGACCUCAACGCGUUCAUGACCAAGAACAAAGUCAGUGCUCCAAUAGCAGGCAAUUUCUUCAUGGUCGAUGGCCGGGCCAGUGCAACUGCAAAGGGAACCGCGUCAGCCAGUGGAAGCGGUGGUCUGGCAGGAAGCACCGUUCAACCGUUCACAGGCGCCGCUGAGAAGUUUGGAAUCUCAACUGGUAUGGCCGGUCUGUUUAGUGGACUUGCUCUGCUAGCUAUCUAGCAGAGUGCUUGGGACGAAGAGGCAGCACAAUUAGCCAUAUUGG